AUGGACCUGCAGGCCUUGAUGAUGGGCAGCGAGAGCCUCCUCACGCACAUCGCACGACCGGAUGGCAUCCCCCGCCUCGACAAGAGCUUGGCUGAGAUCGAACGAGGAUCACUGCGGAUGGGAGCCGAGGCAGCCGCUAGGAGCCGGAGAGAGGCGGUGUCGCUUGGGGUAACCGCUGAAGUGGCCGAACAGAAACAGGAGCUCAAAGGCGGGAGCAUGCUGGCACGCAACAGGUUCGACCCCGAAUCUUUGACCCGUGCGGUGAACGCGGUGCACCUAAGGGGAGGCUACCAACCCCUGCAGCCUCUCGGCGAGACCGAUAUCGAGGGAUACCUGGCGCACCACCACGACAUGAUCGUGCUCACGGCUGUUCACGGGACCAGGGCCGCAGCCGAGGAGUGCUCUCUCGUCAGGCAGAGGGAAUGGGAGGUGGACUCCUGGAGGGAAACCAAGAAGGCUUUGAUGGGGGAGGCCAUGAAUGGCGGAGUUUCCUCUUGCGGAGGCGUUGGUCCGUCCUCUUUUUCUGGGGUUUCGAUGCUCAGAGGACCCUCCGGCGUCGGUGGUGCGGGAGAGCAAGGCAGGGUUCACCCAGAGACUCCCAGGCCGGAAGGGUCGCUGGCUGUGGUGGCCGUACCCCCUGCGGGCGGCGUGAUUCCUCCCGUUUCGGCCGUCCCUCCCACGACGACGGAUACCGCGAGCAGGCUGUCGGCCUUGGAGGUGGGGCACCUGGCUGUCAUCCGCGCUCUCAACGACACGGACGGCAAGUUCCCGUUGGCGACACGUCUGGCAGCCUCUGCGAGCACUGUGGUUACACCGGGGGUCAAGAACGGUCCCGAACACGCCUACUUCAACGCGCUGAAGAUGCUUGAGACUAUGCUCGAGGGAGAAGGGUGGGAGGGUGCCGGAGCGAGCACGUCCCGCUCUCGCCUAGACGGCACGUUGGACUUCCUGCAGAAGCAGUUCAAGCAGGUCAUCGACGAUCAGGUGAAGAGGGCGAGGGAGGCUGGUACGGUGGACGCGUCAACCGUUCGAGACACCGAUACCGGGCUGCCGUUCAAGGUUCGAGCCUUCAUGCGCCUCGACAGGAAGAGCAAGUUCGUGGUCGGAGGCGGGGCCAUGUUGUCGCAGCUGCCGGUGUGGCCGCAGAUUUUUCUCUGCCUCCGCUGCGGGGGGAGAGCCGACGCCAGCGCCAUCGCUCGUGCCGCUGCAGAAUCUCCGGAGAACUCACGAUGCACCCCGCAAGAGCUUGAGUUGUUGACCAAGGUGAGCGAGCUGCUUGCCCAGGGGAAGACGGAGAAUGCCUUCGGCGGCGCCAUUCAGCAAGCUUUCCACAGCAUGAGGGACGGAGAGGACAGCUUCAAGCAGUCCGUGCUCAACAUCCUCUCCGCCUCUGACGACAAGAAGGUCACCAGAAUCAACAAGGAGACGAUCGAGGACUACAUGUGGUUCAAGCUAUCCUUCGUGGGCUCCGAUGUGGAGAGCUCGGAGAUUCUUGAAUCAGCCAAGGCGCGUGUGAGCGGCAGGGACGCUAGGAGGCGUUUCGAUCCCGACGGCACCAACACCUACGCCUACGUGAACGUGCUGCUCUACACGCAGCAGCUCGAGGCCGCGGUUGCCUUCUUGCACUGGAAGGGGCAGCACUUGGCGGCUUUGCACAUGGCCCUGGCCAUGAGCCACCACAACGCCUACACGGCCGGGGAACGGACCUCUGGCACGCCACACGACCACAACCACUACCCCGGUGAUGGGGGCGAGCCAGGCCCCGCCCCCACGCUGGUCGAUCUGAUGGCAAGGGUUGUUGAGGGACGCAUCGACAGUGACCCACAGAUGUGUGUGGAGUACAUGCUCCGCUUGCCGGUUCCUGUCGCUGUGGAAUGCAUCGGAGCGUUGUGCGUUGAGAUGGGGGCCGAGAAGGCGGCGAGGUUCUUGGGGUACAUCCAGACCGACGGCAACCGAAAGAGGGGCGAUCUGGACCGUUUCCUGACGGAGGACACGGUCGAAGACGUUGCCUUCAACGCUGCACAAAAGGCCGAGGAUGCCGGGCGGAAAGAAGACGCCAUGACGUUCUUCGGCCUCUCUUGCGACUGGGAGAAGAUGGCCGGACUGCUCCAAGAGAAACUGGCCGAGAACCUUGAUCCUCAGGCGGAAAAACGCGCUUUCUGGAAGGAGCUGGGUACGACGAUCUACACUCUGUUGAACACCCUGUCGCAAGGCCCGGAUUCCAGUGAGUCUCGCGCGCUGGCCACCAAGGGCGUCGGGCAGAUGCUCCGGCUGAUGGACUUCUAUGUCUUCCUCAGCAACCGAGAGCUGUUCAAGGCGCUAAUCGAGCUGGAGGGUGCCGGAAUGCUGCCUUCAUCUCAAGAAGAGGCUGCCGGGCUGGCCGAUACGAUAAGACGCAGGGGUCCCCAGGAUACGGUCACCGCGGUGCUGCCCCACGCCCUGGAGAACGGCAUGCAGUGCGUCAGGCACCAUCACUUGGAGGUUAAGCGCGAGUUGCACGGAGGGGGUACCGGCGGUAGGAUCGACGGUCAACAGUGGAUAGCAUCCAGAGAGAAGAGAUUGGCGGAGCUAGAGGCGAAGGGUCGCGCGAUGGUAGGGUUUGCGGGAAGAUUGUCCGACAUGCUACCGGCGAGUUUCGUGGCUGAUCUCAGCAGAGUCGAGGCGAACAUCAUCAACUGAGGACAAGGAAGGAUAAGGAUGAAUGUAUUUCGGAUGUCAUCGAGGAGGGCGACAUUACAAGUAAACGUCACCCUCUCCACCUCCCCUGCACUGACUGUAUCAUAGAGUAGUCCACGUGGGAUUAAACAGGAGCGGUGUUUAGGUGCCGGUGUGCUAGAUUGGAUGUGGCUGGGCCCCCUCUACAGUUUGUGGUGAAACUUCCUCUUGUCGGCGGCGAGCUUGGCUACCCUCGGAAUUCAUUCCCUACAGGAUAUGGAAAGGGGGUUAGGGGUUUUGAUUGGCGCCUUUUCGGGCCUCCGAGAUCGAUUCGGGAAAUGUGCUCGACCCGCAAUUUUCAUGGCUCCAAAGACGAUUUACGUUACUGAAGAGUUCCACCGCGAACAAUUUGCAGCUGUACAAGCAUAGUAGUAGCACGUGUUUGAGAUCGAUUGGGGCGGAUGGCGAUCGCGUAU